AUGGUCUCCAAGGGCACAAGUUUGAGCUCAAAGCUUAGGAGAAGCAAGUCAUCCGCUUCAGUCAAGCCCCGGCGACGCGGCCAGUCUUUUGGGGAGCCCAUCGAAGAUGAAGCGGCUCAACAGCAGGCUUUGGCGGCUGCGUAUCUCGCAAUGCAACGAGCCGCAAAAUCGUCGAGAGAUGAAUCCCAUUCCAGCGAGAUUGGACCAAACCAUCAUUCGAUUCCAUUUUCACAGUCUCAAAGUAUUAAAUCCAUUGAUACUAGUCGAAUAAACCCAAACAAUACGAGGCACACAAACUCUCGUCGAGCAGCUUCGUACGCAAACGAUGCUUCCACUUCAGAAAAUGACGAGAGGCCCCCAACUCAUCUGCUACCCCCUUUAUAUGGUGUCGAUGAAUUUGGAGUACUUAGUGAUGAUAUACCGUCCGUUCCAUCCAUACCUUCGUCGUACCGAAAGCUUCGACGAUCCAAAUCGAUGUUUUCAGCUCGGUCACGCCCAGGUGAUACCUCUGGCCGAAACCGAGAUACCCUAGGCACUCGACACUUUGCUCGAACCACGCUUCGACGAUCGAUGUCCUUCUUUAGGGGAGAAAGCGAGCAACAUGCAGGGAAGAAUCGAUCUGCAAAUGGCGAAAAGGCCGCCAUAAAACUAGCAAGGGAUCAAUUUUUACGGGCGUUAAGUCAUAGUCCUCAAUCCGGUACUACUGUCUCCAGUUAUCGAAGAAGACGAAGUGAAAUCAAGCCUUUCAGGAAGACUGUCCGGCCCCUUGGCUCCGCAACUAGUGAUCACAGCAAUUCCGGGGCUCAGUAUACGGAUGAACGACCCAAGGACCGACGAAAGAAAGUUCUUUCCGAAUCAAUAAAGAACGGCUUUCGGCGUCUAUUUGGACGUCGUGUCUCUGAGCGAGACGAUAUGCCGUCUUCUCAAGCAGAAUCUUGCCAAUCGAAUGUCAGCAAUCCCACCGAUCCACAACAUCAAACAGAUUCAGACAUAAACAGUUCGUCAGCAUCCCAUGACGAUCAACAAAUGAGCAGUGCUUUUUCUCCUCAUCAUCAAUCCAAAGAUGAAUGUGGUGCUAGUGUCCGGUCAAUGAAAAGUUUCGAUAGUACGGCUACAUCAAACUCACGUGUCACAAGCUGGACAAAUUCUACAGCUACUAAUACGGUCACGGCUAGGCGGCCAGUAGAGAGUCGUUUAUUCAUUAUUGAAGAACAUGGAAAUGCGAUAUUCGAUGAAAAACCAAACCACAACUAUCAUGAUGGAUAUUCCGCAUUUAGACAGCCGAUUGCCAGUUGCAGCGGUGAAAACUAUGUGGAUAGUCAGAGGGUCUAUUCUGCUCUGAUGCGAAGAAUAGAUGGAUCUGAUAUGGAACAAAACGAAGAUGGUACCAUAACUCCACGGCCAGGCCCAAGUAUCAGACGAGUACCAAGCGAAACCUCUUUGUGCUAUGAUCAACCUGUCGUCAUUCCCCCAAGACGAUCUCCAAGUGUCCGUAGUCAACGAAGGCUUCGUCGUGGCUAUGCCGGAGCAAGCCUGACACCCCAGCAGAUUGCCCAUCGCAACGAAAGCAUCGCUCGUUUCCAUCGUCAAAGCGCCUUGGGACAAUUUAAUGCGAACUUUUCUGAUUCGACCCCUCGUGGACGCCGUAUUUCACGCGGUAUCAAAAUCCUCACAACUCCUACAAAGGUUAAAAAUGAUAACUCUGAUGAUGACACCUCUACUAUCAUGGUUAGGAGAACGCACCAAGAGAACUCCAUUAUAUCUCCAAGCGUUUAUUCAAGGUCUGGUGGUACGCCAGAUCGCUGUGACAGUCGAAGUGAUUCUGAGUCCGGUGGGGACCGAGGAACGGCCACGAUCAUUACCAGUGAGAGGCUUCCGUACAGGCCUCGCGGUCGUGAUAGAAUGCUGAAAGGUAGCGCCGAUUGGAAAUCUUGGAUUACAUCCCAAAUGGAUCUUAUUGAUAAACCAGGCCCCCCUGAGAGCUUAAAUGUACAGUUUGUCCCAGAAAGAGGCCAUUACCGAGAAAAUACCCAAAUCGACGAUGCAGCAUCUGAUAUUGAGGAUGUUAGCCAUUCUCCUGGACGAGAUAAGGGAGUGCUUAUGGGAAUACCUGAACAAUUUCUUGAAGGCCAGCAGAUGCAAGAAUCGGAGCCUCCAUACCUGACGGAGCUUAUUCCUGUAUCCCAGAAUAAUUUUUCUCGCCCUAUUCGUUGCAGCUCUAGGACAUCCAUGUCACUCGGCGUUACAAAUGUGCGAAGACCAUCUCUGAUAGAGGCAAAUGCUCCAGCCUGCAGUGGCUCGGCUGUGGUUGAAACUGGAGCCCCUUCGCAGGCCGAAAACGGAACCGUUCGACUUGGAAUUACGUCAAGAACUCCCAAUCAGUUCCCACUGACGUACCGCAAAACACGUCUACCUGAUUUAUUUAAGCCUCAAGCGGUGUCGCCACGGGAUGGUGUGGAUGCCGGUAGCCCCACGCCCGUGCGCUCUCGCCAUGGCAGAAAUCUCCCUGUUUCUUUGUAUGCUAGUGAUAUAAAAGGGGCCUCUCGAUCCACCACAAUACGGCCUUGGAACAACGAUGGGCUAACCACUAAAGAAAAUAAUAAGGGAAUGGGUGAAAACAUCCCGCCUAGGAUGAAUGAGACGUCUGAGGGCUUAUCGAGGCUAAGUGAACUGCACUCUACCAUCAGUAGCAAACGAAUGGUUGAUAUAUUUUUAAGUGACAGGAGGCGACACCUGGGAAGCUCUGAAGAUAGUACGGCUGACUCCGCAUUUCUCUAA